AUGGAACAGUCAUCUUACGACAUCCGUCGACAACGAAGCGAAAUUAAAAUCAGUGUCAAAACAGCGGUAUUGAAUGACGAUUUAAGCCUGGAUAUCCAAUGCCAGUUCUCCAAGGAACAGCUAAGUAGUAUCGAGAGCAUAGCCCCUGACAUUUUUGUCGAUAACCACCAUACAGAAUUUAUAUUUUACUUAGACACAGACUUCACAAGCCAUGAAACCAUUAUAAGACUGCUGAAAUAUGGUUAUUUGAGUCGACAAUUUUGGAAUAAUUCGAACCCAUUGCUUAAGCACAUCAUUUUAAAAAAAAUUUUUGAGAAGCCUAAAGGAGAGAUAAAUAUUACGCUUGCCUCCUCUAAGAAAACAAUCCAACUACGUAAAGAACAGGGUCAAGUCUUUCAGACGAUAAGAGACAAAACCUACCCUGUAAUAUUCCAACAAGCGCCAGCUGGUACUGGGAAAACGCAUAUGGCAACUGUAGCGAUUUGGCAAUGGUACCACACCAUCAAACGACAGACUGAUAUUAUUGUAGUCACGGCUACCACCAAUUAUGCUAUUCAAAACGCUGCAAAGUCAUUUUUCAAACUGGUUAGAGACCUGCCAAGAGAAACGGUGAUAUUCUUGCAGCCGGUUGCAGCUGAAUUGCAACCAGUUACAGUAAGCGACCAGAUCUGGUGCGAUUGUAGAGUACCAGAGUUACUCAGGGAUUUACUGGACCGUUUAAACAAGCCAUGA